AUGAAUUCAUCCAAAUCAUCUGAAUCACAAUGUACAGAGAGAGAGUGUCUCUCUUCCCAAGUGCUCAUAUGGACUGCUGCUGGGGUCUCCAUACUAUUUCUCAGUGCCUGUUUUAUCAGCAAAUGUGUGGUGACAUAUCACAUGUCUCAAAUGUGUCAUGAGAAAAAUUUCCAGUCACACGGGAAUGCCGGAGCGUUCUCCUGCUACAACAAUGAAUCAGAGUCAGUCCAGAAUUGCUGUCCUUCAAACUGGAAGCAGUUUCAAUUUAGCUGCUACUUCUUUUCUACUGACACCAUUCCCUGGUCAACGAGUUCACAGAACUGCUCAGGAAUGGGGGCUCACCUGGUGAUCAUCAACUCACUGGAGGAGCAGGAAUUUCUUCACCAUGCAAAACCUAGAUCCAGAGAGUUUUAUAUUGGACUGACUGACCAGGUGGUCGAGGGUCAGUGGAAAUGGGUGGAUGGCACGCCUUUGACAGAGUCUCUGAGCUUCUGGGAUGUAGGGGAGCCCAACAACAAGGUUACUCUGGAGGACUGUGCCACCAUAAGAGACUCUCCAAAUCCAAGGAAAAAUUGGAAUGAUCUAGCCUGUUUCCUCAGUGUUUUUCGGAUUUGUGAAAUACUGUCAUUGAGUCCACUCAACUCUGGGACUUCCUUUGCUGUCCAUUCUCUUCGGCGUACUAACCAGGUCUCACCAGGAUUUGUAUCUAUGGCUCAGCUAGGACCAGAGUCCAAUAAUUAA